AUGAAAAUCCUAAUAGAAUUUAAAAUCAUUGAUGGCUGCUGCACUUCACAAGCAAAUAAAGAGAUAACAUUACUAAGCGCUUGCAAAAUGGAUGAGAAUGAACUGGAUGAUUAUUUUAUUAGUUUGUUGUGUGAAGAUUACAAUGAGGAAGUAAUUAAUAGAAAAAAAGCGAGAAUUUUGGAAUGAAUACAUGAUCAAGAUAGAUUUUCUACAGGCAGCUGUGAAAGAUAUGGGCACAUCUAUUUUUAUGGAGAUAGUUUCGGAGGAUGUGAAAUUUUAAAAGAAAAUUUUGAUUCCUUAGAUGAUUUUAUAAAAGGUCUUGAAGAGGAAAGUGAAGAGGAGGAAGAUGAAGAGGAAGAAGAAGAAGAAGAAGAGGAAAAGGAAAAGGAAAAUGAAGAGGAAGAGGAAAUAAAGAAGAAAAGGAAAAUCUAA